CGGAUCGAACCAAAUCAAGCCUCUAGGCUUAGGGUCCAACUCCAUGCGCACAGACCGCGCACACGGAGCACCAGGUCGAAUUCCUGGAGCCCAAUUUCUCCGGCGAAUCUUCAUGCCGACAGCUGCGAGAGCAGAAUAGGAAGGCGGGGAUCUUCGACCCUGACAACCAUGAGCAUCGUGCCUAAGGAAACCAUAGAGGUUAUCGCUCAGAGCAUCGGCAUCGCUAAUCUCUCUGCUGAUGUCGCCCUCACCGUCGCCCCUGAUGUUGAGUAUCGCCUCCGCGAGAUCAUGCAGGAGGCGAUCAAGUGUAUGCGGCACUCGAAACGGCAUGUUUUGACGGCGGACGACGUGGAUAGCGCGCUUAGCUUGCGGAAUGCGGAGCCACUUUAUGGGUUUGCCACCAAUGAUCCAUUGAGGUUCAAAAGAGCUGUGGGUCACAAGGAUCUGUUCUACAUCGACGAUAAAGACUUAGAAUUUAAAGAUGUGAUCGAAGCACCGCUACCUAAAGCACCUCUUGAUACUACUGUGGUGUCCCACUGGUUGGCCAUCGAAGGGGUGCAGCCUGUGAUUCCCGAAAAUGUUCCGAUGGACACUAUUCUUGCAACAAUUGAUAGCAAGAAGGAAUCUGCAAGAGAUGAUGGACUUCCCAUCGAUAUUAGGCUUCCAGUCAAACAUGUUCUUUCCAGAGAACUUCAGCUAUACUUUGAUAAGAUUUCGGAGCUAACCAUCAGCAAGUCUGAAUCUGCCAUUUUCAAAGAAGCAUUGGCAAGUUUGUCUAAUGAUUCGGGGCUUCACCCUUUAAUCCCAUAUUUCUCAUACUUCAUUUCAGAUGAGGUUUCCCGUUGUUUAAAUGAUAUUCCCACCCUUUUUGCUCUGAUGCGUGUUGCGCAAAGCCUUCUCCGCAACCCGCACGUACAUAUUGAUCCAUAUCUGCAUCAGCUGAUGCCUUCAAUGAUAACUUGCAUUGUUGCUAAAAGGUUGGGGAAUAGACUUGCAGAUAAUCAUUGGGAGCUUAGAGAUUUCUCUGCAAAACUUGUUGCUUCUGUCUGUAGAAGAUUUGGCCAUACCUAUCACAAUUUGCAGUCCAGAAUAACUAAAACACUGCUUCAUGCUUUUCUUGAUCCAACUAAAGCACUGACCCAACAUUAUGGCGCCAUUCGAGGGCUCUCUGCACUCGGUCCCAGCGUGGUGCGCCUUCUUAUUUUACCUAACCUGGAGACAUACCUACAACUUCUGGAACCAGAGAUGUUACUUGAAAAGCAGAAGAAUGAGAUGAAGAGGAAAGAGGCUUGGCAUGUCUAUGGUGCCUUAAUGGGUGCUGCAGGAAAGUGUUUGUAUGAUCGGCUUAAAAUGUUUCCAGGCAUGUUAUCUCGACCGAACCGGUUUAUUUGGAAACACAAAGGAAGAGUUGUGACAACCAUGCCAAACGGCAAUAAAAGAAAGUCACUCGAAAGCAACCACCACUCCGCACAACCUCCCCCACUCAAAAAACUCGCCGUCGAUAGCUCCGUCGGCUCGAUGCCAGUAAUGCCGACCACAUCAAACAUUCAGUUGGCCGCCGAUGGGUUCAACAACAAUGCAUCGAGCGAAGCAGGGAUGAGGCCGUCCCCUUCUCCCGGACGCCUAUCGAACGAGAAUUCCGCCGGAGGAAGCCGGCGAGAAAUAGGGAACAGCAGAGCUCCAAAACCUAAUUCUGUUCUGAGUCAAGCAUGGAAGGAAGAUGUUGAUGCAGGGUGUCUUCUAGCUUCAAUGUUUGAGCUGUUUGGUGAAGGAAUAUUUUCAUUUAUACAGCCAGUUGAAAUGAACGUGUUUUUAUGAGUAGGAAAGUUGGGACUAUUUUGGAGUUAUUUAUAUGUUGCUUGUUUGAUGUAUUCAUGUACAUAAUUGUUGAAAUUGUAUUUGUUUAGGAUAUAUUUGCAAUUAUUUUUAUGUUUUUGUUU